CCACGCGAGCCAAUAGGGUGCUCGGGAAACCGAAGGCAGCCAACGGUCCAUGCCAUAUUCCCCCCACGCUUCUUUGUUCAGCAUCACGUUCGUGUCGACUUCGUCCGUGUCGCCGUAACUGUACCUGACUGCAAAGAACUUGACCAGUGUAGUUGCCGCGAGUUGCCUGACGCGCCCCGUUAGCCGCGAUUGGAUCCACCGGCGUACCGGGUUAAAGCGAAGGAGGGUCCACAACAACGGUCGUGUUGUUCGCCAUCAGGGAAACAAGCAACGGGACCUCGCUACCGAGAUGGAGCCUCCUCUUGAGAUGUCGAUUGCUGUGCCAGGACAUCGACGCGUCACCAUUCAGCGCCUGGCACAGCUUGACGACCUUUACAGAAACCAGGGCCUCCACUUUUUGUUCGAGGAUGAAAAGAGGUUCGCGGUGCAAGUCGAGAAAGAAAAGUCAGUGGACCACCUGCUCAGAGGCGUGGAGCCGGUUACCGCGGAGGUAGCCCCACGCGCCGGCACACGCCUGACACUGAAAACAAUGGCCAUAGCCAUAACUUGGCAAACCGAAGUUAUGAGGAUGGGCGACUUUGUUACAAGCACCUACACAUCGAUUGUCACAUUCUCUUCAGGGGGCUCGACACCAUCUUCGCCAAGCAGCUGUGACUGCUUCGCAGCUUCUUCACUCAUUCAAGUAGUCCGAGGGAGGACCUAGAAGAAAAAGAAACAAUAUAUUUAGGUAGUACAAUACAAACGUUCAAACAGCUGUCCCUGUGGUUAUGUGUUUGCACAAACUACUCCUGCAAAGUGCAUAUUUUAUAAAACAAUUCCAACACGCAAGAGGCAUCACACGCUGUUGCCAGCUAGUCAACGCUACACAUUGUGAUUGUGUCUAAGGCUAGAUCUAUGAACACUUACACAUGCAAUAGCCUACUACUUUGAAAACACUGUCAGGUUGGGUGCUUGAAGCCUUUGACUGCAUUUUUCGCAGCUUUGCAUCGGAAUGGCGAAGCCACAGUUUUAUUGUCCCUUCAACCUUGCUCCUCUUUGCAUUGGAAAAGCCUUGCUUCAACGCUCCUGAAAUAUUUUGUGAUUACAAACACACACAGCAUGCAGCGUAUGCUUUCCGCGGACCGUGUCUCGUCUAUACGAGUCAAGUCCAAGAGGUGGUUCAGGGCCCCUUUAACUGAGUCUCCUUUAUACCGAAAAAAUA